AUGUCCAAAGCCAACUUCGACAACAGCGAAGAAGACAGAAAAUCUGUUGCCAACCUCGAGACCGUCAGCAUCGGGCCUCAAGACUCGGCCAGUGAGCUUUUCGAGGUCGACGACACGCACUUGAAAAGGACCCUGAAAGACAGACACAUCGGCAUGAUUGCUCUGGUGAGUGUUUUUGGCACAGGCUUAUUUCUCAGCAGUGGAGGAACACUUGCCAAAACAGGGCCCGUCGGUAUCCUCAUUGCGUACGCCCUUAUUGGAACCAUCGUGGGUCUGAACCAGAUCGCCUUUGCCGAGGUGGCAGCUCUGGCUCCGCUGACGGGAUCCACCAUCAGACACUCCGAGAUCUUCAUUGACGAGGCCGUCGGCUUUGCGUAUGGCUACCUUUCGCUCUGGCAGCACCUUCUUCCGGGAGGCCUUGUUUCCGCAGCCCUCAUCAUCCAGUACUGGAGCAACCUCAGUCCUGCUGUGUGGAUCAGUGUUCUGGCAGUUCCCAUUGCCGCCACCAACCUGUUUUCGAUCAGAAUAUACGGAGAAGUCGAGUUUGUGUUUGCGCUGCUGAAAAUCGCUCUCAUUGCUAUGCUCGUGCUAGCUGGUCUAGUGCUGGACUUGGGAGGAGUCAAGGGCCAGGAAAGACUGGGCUUCCACUACUGGAAAGACCCUGGCCCGUUUGCAGAGUUUGUCAAGACCGGCAACAUAGGAAAGUUCAUUGGUUUCUGGGCUGCUCUGUCGUCGGUUGUGUAUUCGUAUGGUGGAGUCCAGGGCAUUGCGCUUUUGGCUGGUGAGACCAAAAACCCGCGCACAAACAUCCCUCGCGCCGCCAAACGAAUCCUGUACAGAGUCGUCUCUCUGUACAUGGUGGCAGUCUUCGUGUUGAGCCUGAUCGUGCCAUACAACGACAAAAAGAUCGCCGUGAGCGACGGAACGGCAGCUCACUCGCCGUUCGUGGUUGCGUUCGAAAGAGGCGGAAUCAAGGUGCUUCCCCACGUGGUCAACGCCCUCACCCUCACCUCUGCGUGGUCUGAGGCCAACGCCGGUAUCACCAGUUCUGCCAGGGUCCUGUUCUCGCUUGCUGCGAAAAAGCAGGCACCCCAAAUUUUCUUGAAGACCAACAAGAGACUCAACGUUCCGUUUGUGGGUGUCGCCCUGGCUUUGCUGUUCCUGGCGCUGUCCUAUAUGAGCAUCGACAGCACGGCAGCCACAGUGUUCAGCUGGUUCCAGAACAUCACCUCGUCGAACCUGCUGCUGGGCUGGAUUCUUAUUUCCAUCUGCCACAUCAGAAUGAACAAGGCACUCAAAGUCCAAGGAUACAAGAGAUCCGAUCUUCCGUACACGAACAGAAUCGCGCCUGCCGGAGCAUGGAUCUCGCUUAUCGCAUCGGUCAUUCUUCUGGUGACUGGCGGUUUCACCACCUUUCUCCACGGAAACUGGCAAACGUCCACGUUUGUGUCUGCGUACUGCUCCCCAGUGCUGUUUGUGAUUUUCUACCUCGCCUGGAAAAUCACCAGACGCACUCCGCAGAUCGACCUCAAGGACAUCAUCAUUCCAGCCCUGAUGGAAGACUACAAGACCAGACCGGAGAACGACGUUCCUCCAAAGGGCAUAUAUAAAUUUCUUUCUCUGCUGUGGAGCUAA